UCUCUCACGCGUGGACAGAUCGCGCGCCUGUGACGUCGCUUUAAGCGGCGUGACUCCCUCACUCACACACUCUUCAGAUCCACGGACUGUAGGAUGCUCGCAGACUCCUCUCGAGCACUCAAACAGCAUCAUGUCGACUGUAAUGAGAAUGAGCGGCUUAGUAAACAUGUCGAGUCUCGCGGAUUUUGAGGCGCUCGCGCCAGCAAUCCCCGCCACUAAAGUUGAGAUCAGCGUGUCGUGCAGAAACCUCUUGGAUAGAGACACUUUCUCGAAAUCUGACCCAAUUUGUGUGCUGUAUACUCAGACCGUGGUUAACAGGGAGUGGAGAGAGUUUGGCAGGACAGAAGUUAUUGAUAACACCCUGAAUCCAGACUUUGUGCACAAAUUCAUGCUUGAUUAUUUCUUUGAGGAGAGACAAAAUUUACGCUUUGACCUGUAUGACCUUGACUCGAAGAGUGAAAACCUUUCCAAACAUGACUUCCUGGGCCAGAUGUACUGUACACUGGGAGAGGUGGUGGGCUCUCUGGGUAGUCGAAUGGAAAGACCGCUCCUAGGUAUUCCUGGCAAAAACUGUGGGACCAUUAUCGUGAAAGCAGAGGAGCUAGGAAAUUGCAGGGAGUCAGUACUGAUGCAGUUUUGUGGCAACAAGCUAGACAAGAAAGAUUUCUUUGGGAAGUCAGACCCUUUCCUUGUCUUCUAUCGUACCAAUGAAGAUGGAACAUUCACCAUCUGUCAUAAGACAGAGGUUGUAAAAAACACACUUGACCCUGUGUGGCAGGCCUUCAAGAUCCCUGUCAGAGCGCUGUGUAAUGGAGAUUAUGACAGAGCAAUAAAAAUCGAGGUGUAUGACUGGGACAGAGAUGGCGGUCAUGACUACAUCGGAGAGUUCAGCACCAGCUACAGGGAGCUGUCUAAAGGUCACUCGCACUUCACCGUGUGGGAGGUGCUGAACCCCAAGAAGAAGAAAAAGAAGAAAAAAUAUCUAAACUCAGGAACCGUCACCCUGCUGUCCUGCUUCAUUGAUGUUGAGGUCACGUUCCUGGACUACAUUAAAGGAGGCACUCAAAUCAAUUUCACGGUGGCAAUUGAUUUUACAGCAUCAAACGGCAAUCCUUCCCAGCCUACCUCUCUGCAUUACAUGAGCCCGUAUCACCUGAACGCAUACGCUCUGGCCUUGAGAGCCGUCGGAGAGAUUAUUCAGGACUAUGACAGUGAUAAGAUGUUCCCUGCGCUGGGGUUCGGUGCAAAACUGCCUCCUGACGGUCAUGUGUCUCAUGAAUUCCCCCUGAAUGGAAACCCUAAUAAUCCGUACUGUAGCGGUAUAGAUGGGAUACUAGAGGCUUAUUAUCAGAGUCUGAAGUCGGUUCGUCUCUAUGGUCCAACAUACUUCUCACCUGUCAUUAAUCAUGUAGCACGGUAUGCAUCGCUGGUAAAGGACGGCUCUGAAUAUUUUAUCCUUCUCAUCAUUUCUGAUGGCGUCAUCUCUGACAUGGCUCAGACUAAAGAGUCCAUUGUGAAUGCUUCUUGUCUUCCCAUGUCAAUUAUAAUCGUUGGAGUCGGGCCGGCUGAGUUUGAUGAGAUGAUUGAACUGGACGGAGAUGAGGUCAGGAUAUCAUCCAGGGGACGCUUUGCCGAAAGAGACAUCGUUCAGUUUGUUCCUUUCCGUGACUACAUCGAUCGCAGGGGUAAUCACAUUCUCAGCAUGGCCCGGCUGGCAAAGGACGUUCUUGCAGAAAUCCCAGAUCAGUUCCUCCAGUAUAUGAGGAGCAGAUGCAUCAAGCCACAGACUGCGCCCCACUCCACUUCCUCCAAACCUCCAUCAACCUCUGUCGUACCCUCCAUGCACUCGCUUCAAACACAGAUCUGAGCGAUCGCACAAACAGCGCGUCGUCCGUUCGUGUCACUGUCGCUCUCAGGACCACACGAGGUCUUUCUGAGGAAACGGCACGCACUCAGUACAUGAGCAUAUCAGGUGACAGCUCUUCACUCGGUACCGUCUUUUGUGCAGAGUAACAGAUGGACUGUUUUUAACUAUCGAGUGGCCUCUUCGUUCAGAUAUGACUCCACUAUCUCUGUGUCUCACCAACAUCUUUUGUCUGGCGACCUCGAAGCAAACGUUUACAAUCGUACCAUUUUUUACGUGGAUGUUUUUGUAUCUCUGUGAAAACAUAAACUGCCAAAGCUCUGA